AGAGGGACAACUGCUACACAGACCACCGCGAGACGGACGAUUGGUGCUGCGCUGCGCUGCACGAGGGCUCUGUCUGCUCUGCUUGAUUUCUUCAGUGACAACCAGAGGACCAUAGAAAUAUCUUACAGUGACCAGACAACACACACACACACACACACACACACACACACACACACACACACACACACACACACGGCCCUCGAGACACACACUGCACGGUGUGAGGGUGCAGCAUUGCCCAGACGUCACACACACACACGCACACACACGCACACGCACACACACACACACACACACACACACACACACACACACACACACACACACACACACACACAGAGCCCCGAAGCCCCGCCAGGCCCUGUGCUGUGCUGUGUGGUGUGAGUGAGGGGGGUGCAGUAGCGAUGUUCUACCAGCAGGGGGAUCCUGAGGAGGGGGAGCAGCAGGAGGAGGAGGAGGAGCUGUACGUGGAGCACCAAUACAUGUGCAGCGAGUGCCAUCAACUCUACAACACACUGGAGGACGUGCUCAUACACCAGCAGACACACACCACAGGAGACACAACACUGGAGGACGUGCUCAUACACCAGCAGACACACACCACAGGAGACACACAGGUAGAGGAUGAGAGUGAGAGUCAGUAUCAGUGUCUGGAGUGUGGCGCCAUCUUGAGGAACCAGGCGGAACUGCUACUACACCAGGAGAUGCACAUGAGAGAAGCCGGACACGAGGUGUGUGAGGUGGUUGAGCAGGGAAGCCCCGCCCCCGUGCAAUACCAGUGUCUGGAGUGCCACGCCCUCUUUCACACUCCUGAGGAAUGGAUGGAACACCGCAACACACACACACACAGCUCAACGCACACACACAGCGCCAACACGGAGUACGUGGUCCAAGAGGACGGCUCUGUGACUCCGCUGGUCAGCGUCCAGAAUCUGGUGUUAGACGAACAGCGAGCAGGAGCAAUACUGGCACAGGUGCUCUCCCACCAGCCCCCCCCCUCCCCCUCCCCCCUGCCGGGUUCCGCCACCCUCCGCCUCCAGAUCUGUUCCGCCCAGGCCCUCGCCGACGCCCACGCUCACCGUGGCAACAGCCAGGCCCCGCCCCCCCUGCGACGCGCCCGCCUGCUCCCCGCCCCCCACCUGCCCCCCCCCUCGGCCCCUCCCCCGCGCGGCGCCGGGAGCCAUGGCAACAGCAACAGCAUCCACCCGUACGAGUGCCCCGAAUGCGCCAUGAAGUUCGCAACGCCAGAGGAGUUCUUACAGCAUCAGGGGGAGCACUUCCUGUGUCAGGAUAAGGAGGGCGGCGGCGAGGGCGUCAUGGCGACCGAGACCAGCAGCUCCGGAGCCAAUCGGACAGGCCGAGGGGCGGGCUCUGGGGCCAGGCAGCCAAUGGUAGCAGGGGAGGGGGGCGGGACUCUGCAGUGCAGCGAGUGCCAGCGGAAUUUUACCUCGGCCAAUCGGCUCUUGGCUCACCGCCGCGUCCACGAGCUCGGAACUCACGAGUGCCCUGAGUGCGACAAGGUCUUCAAGAAGGCGGGGUCUCUUCAGAGCCACAUGCGAUGCCACUCAGGGGAGGCGCGGUACCUGUGUGUCGACUGUGGACACGGAUUCACCACCGAGAUGACGCUCGUUAUACACAGGAAGUCUCAUACGUCUGAGCCGCUUCAUCGCUGUGAGUUUUGCCCGAAGACCUUCAGCAACAUGACCAAGUUCCUGUACCACCGCCGCACACACACCAGGGGCACACACCCCAGCACGGUGUCUGCCCCGCCCACCCGGACUCCUGGCUCCUCCCCUUCCCUGCUGCAGCUGCGUCUCAGACAAGGGGCGGGACUUAACCCCCUGGGGGCGGGACUUAACCCUAGAGGGGCAGGCGCCAUCCAAUUACAGGCAGCGGUGAGGAAGAGCGGCCUGAUGGCCGACCAAUCACAGAAGACCGGCCUGGCUCUCCACCAAUCAGCGUCCUCAUCUUGUCAGACGGCCGCGACGGCCCACCAAUCACAGGUGGCGCUCGGGGCAAAGGAGGCGGGGCCAUCUGGGCAGGCCGGGGGCGGGGUUCUAGCCGGUCUCCAUGACGACGUGGCCAAACAGAACGGAGUGGAGUCAGUGACCACGCCCACCAGUGCAGACCAGCAGCCAUUGUGUGUGUUUGCGUGCGCCGCGUGCCCCAAGUCCUUCCCCUCUCAGCUCCGCCUCCUUCGCCAUCGCCGGACGGUUCACGUGACCGAGAGACUCUUCAGGUGCGCAGUGUGUGGCAAGGCCUUCAAGAAGCAGGUUCACCUACGUAACCAUCAUCGCACCCACACAGGCGAGCGUCCGUUCCAGUGUUCUGAGUGCGGGGUGACUUUCUCCUCGCUGGCCAACUUGUCUCGCCACAGUUUGACCCACUCGGGCCUGCGUCCGUACCGCUGCCCGUCGUGCCUGCGCGCCUUCUCCCAGCGCUCCAACCUGCGCCAACACCAGCUGCUGCACGCGGACACGCCCCCCCCACACGCCUGCCCCCUCUGCCCCGCCCGCUUCCUGCGGAGCGCCAAGCUGGCCGCACACCUCUACUCCAACCACCAGGGGCCGCCACCGUACCCGUGUCCCCACUGCAGCGUGGGUUUCCUCAGGAAGAGGCAGAGGGACGCCCACCUCCUGGCACAGCACCCCCCAGUGGCCGCCGAGGGAAGUGCGGCUGCCGACGCUCAGGGCGCCAGUGGCACGCAGGAAGCCAACACCACUGCUGACGCCGGCCAAUCAGAAACCAGCACUCCUGCCCAAGGGGAGGGACCAGUAGCGAGGCCCAAUGACGUCGUCCUCCUCCUCCACACCUGCGACCUGUGCGGCAAGAGAUUAAACUCCGCCUCCAACCUGCGACUCCACCGACUGAGCCACGCCCACGAGGACGAGGCAGCCAAGGGGUCAUCGGGAGGUCAAGGUCGCGGUGGUGUCGGGGGGAGGCGUGGCCUAGCGUGUGGCGUGUGCGGUAAGCAGUUCGGCUCCUCCUCUGGGCUGGCUCUCCACUCGCGUGUCCACACGGGGGAGCGGCCAUACCCCUGCCCCACCUGCGGCAAGAGAUUCAGACAGAACACACACCUGAGAGAACACCUGAGGACACACUCAGGAGAACGGCCCUACAGGUGCGAGGUGUGUGGGCGGGGCUUCAUCCAGAGCAUGCACCUGGCGGAACACCGGCGCACGCACACGGGCGAGAGGCCACACCCCUGCCCGGAGCCGCACUGCGGCAAGGCCUUCAAGACGCCCUCCAACCUCCGCAACCACCUGAAGGUGCACGCACGCCACGCGCACACACUCGCACACACACUCGCACACACACUCGCGCAGACGCCUGCGGAGCGCACGCAGACGCAGCUGCAGACGGAGGAGCCAGCGGGGGAGAGCGAGACGGGAGCCGCUGCCGUCGCCCUAUUGGAGGGUUCACAUGGGGAGGCGGGACCUGCUGCCGUGACGCUAUUGGACGGUUCGUGUGUGGAGCUCUCGGGCGCAGUGCCGGCCCUCUGCCAGGAGGGGGAGCAGCCGCAAGUCAUCCAGAUCACUCAGGCAGAUCUGGCCCAGGGGGCCUCCACCAUUAUGUGUAAUGAGUUUGGGGAGGCCAUCGCCAUCAUCGAGACCAGUGCGGAGGGCCACCUGAUCUACCACGCGUCGCCACCAGAGGGGGCUGCUGAGGGGGCAGCACUGCCCUUGGCCCAGGCCCUGCAGAUAUACCAGUCAGCACUAGAGGGCGCCGGUGAGGGGGCAGCUGUGCAGUUAUACCACUCAGCACCACUAGAGGGAGUUACAGGAGUCGACACCAUAGCGGUGGACAACCUACAGCUAAUAUAACACACACACACACACACACACACACACACACACACACACACACACACACACACACACACACACACACACACAACCUGGGCAACCUGCAGCUGAUCUAACACACACACACACACACACACACACACACACACACACACACACACACACACACACACACACACACACACACACUUUCAAAUUCAGGUUCACGUUCAAACCUGUUGAAAUGGAAUUGUGUGUGUGUGUGUGUGUGUGUGUGUGUGUGUGUGUGUGUGUGUGUGUGUGUGUGUGUGUGUGUGUGUGUGUAAUAGAUGAUGAAUGAGAGUUGGCUGGUGCAUUAACACCACAACAAUUAGAGCCAUUUGCACUUUUAGCACACACACACACACACACACACACACACACCCACACCCACACACACACACACACACACACACACACACACACACACACUCUAACUAAUUGGUGAUGUGUGUUUUACUGUCCUGUUGGGCGGCGUUAUUGGAAUGUUCUGUCCCUCGUUCGUUUGUUUGUUUGUUUGUGUUGUAAAUAAAGUAAAUAACGAGUGAAGUUCUCCCACGCCUUUGUGGAAUAAAAUAAACGGCUGAUCUGCCCUCAGUUAUGGCGGACCGUG